CACGCGGAUGACAUUAUGCCAGUCUUGAGCUUUUUAGAUAUAUAAAUUCUUGCAUGAAUCAGUAACUCGAGAAUAUUGAAACUUCAAAGCUCACGAUGGCAAGGCUUCUUGGAAUACUGGCUUUUCUUUGCAUACUUGGAAAACUCGCUGCUCUUGGUGAUGAAAACAGUCCAAAGGUAGUGGUCUUCGGUGAGGGCGACUUUGAAGUGAAGUCUGAUGAGGGAGCCCGAGACAGCCUCGUGUGGCAAGCAACAAAAGGCCAAAAGCCCGUUGCAUUAAGGAUUGAAGACCGCAAGUGCCAGUGCUCUGGAACGUCUUGCAAUUGCUGCGCUAAAAUCAAUCUCGUGAUUUCUACAAUGAGUGUCUGUGCAGGCUUCACUUUUAACCCCAGUGCAAAGACGUUGGAUUUCACGGUAACAGUGGAUGGCAUAGUGGUGUUCAAAAAGACUAUUUCAGUUGACAAGCCUGUAAAGUACUGUCGCGACUUUCCAAUCGGAGGCAAGAAUGCUAACAUUUGUCUCGGACUAUCGGAUAUAUCCUUCAAAGAAGGUCACACUGGUGCUUGCAUCUACAUCGAGAUCAACUAUAAGUUUAUUCACUGGAAACAAGACCUGGGUUGUAUCUAUGAAGUUGUUCAGCCCAUCAACAACACAAAGCUCAAAGCUAUCAGUUUCUUUAAGAAAUAGUUAAAUUGCUUGCAUCACCUUUGGGUUAAACCUUAAAACAAAGCAAUUUGUGAUUCGCUAGUUGUGUUUUAGUUCCUAAUAAUAGUCUGUAAUAUUGAGUUAAAACUUGAAAGUCAAAUAAAAGGGAUCAAGAACGCAUCGAGAAUUUUAUAAAAAAUAAAACAAUUGGACGUGAAAUUUUGUAGUUUACUACUUUUUUCGUUCCAAAAAUUUGCAUUUAGAUAAAAUGAAAUAAAACUGUCUCCAUGGAA